CCCAGCCCUGCUCAGCGCCGCAGAUUCACAUCAUACGAGUAAUGUCUUUGUUUGGAGAGGGGGAGGGGAAUGGGUUGGACUGUGGUGAAGGGACAAUAUGUUUAAGUCUUAUGGUGGAUGAACUGGUGGAGGCAUGAACAUUAGGUUUACUAAAGUAAUUGAGGUUUUGGUGUAGAAAUUAAAAGGUAUAAGGGACCAAGUGGCAGUAAUUACGUCCUAUCCAUCUUUCUGUGCUAUACCCAUUACUAGUGUCUUCCUCCGUAUUAAUCCUGUCUGUUCUCCUCACACAGUCUUACCUCCCUGUUUUAUGGUGAGCCAAGUGACAAGGAAAAGUCCCCUUGUGAAGUGAGCCCUUCAGAACUGAGAAGUAAAGAUGGGGUGAGUAAACAGAAACAUGGUAGGCUGUGUUUAGUAGUGCCUGUCCUGGGGCUAGAACUGUUUGUAUGUUGACGAGUAAACAAUGGAGAGGGUUUUUUUUGCUUUUGUUUUGUUUUUUGUUGGGUCUAGGGUUAUUGGUAAGCUGUGUAAAGAAACCGUGUAAGGUUGGGUAGUCAUUUUACAUCAGAGAGAAGAUCCAUGAGUGAGUUGUGUUGGUUGUUCUUGGUAUACAGGAGAGGGAUCUUUGUUAGUUGGGUAUUCUUGGUAUACAGGAGAGGGAUCUUUGUUGGUUGGGUAUUCUUGGUAUACAGGAGAGGGAUCUUUGUUGGUUGGGUAAUCUUGGUAUACAGGAGAGGGAUCUUUGUUGGUUGGGUAUUUUUGAUAUACAGAAGCGGAAACUUUGUUGGUUAGGUAUUCUUGGUAUAACCGAGAGGGAACUUUAAACACAAACAAAUACUCAAAGAGUUUAAGGUGUCUAGGUGCUUCAGGACACUUAUAGGGUGUGUAUAGAUAUAGGUGUUCUCAGUCACCUUACAAUAGAACAACAACUCUGGUAAUUAUGACACUACCACAAAUGUAUACAACACUCAGUGUAACACUUAUAGUGAGAAACAUAUAUAUACUUCCCAGUAGUCACUUUCUGUAGUUACAACUUUGCAUCUCCCAUAGAAUCUAUCAGAAAUAAAUGUAACCACACAUAGUGAAAUCUGUAUAACAACAGUAUAAUGGAAAUAAAAUAUAACAUUUCACUCACAAAUAUAGUGGUGUGCCAGGCUCUAUAAAAUCAGUAUAAGGGUGCCAGUGGUUGGCUACGGAGAUAUCUCAGAUGGAGAUCCACAGCAAUUCCAGAAAAAGCAUUUAUUGAUAUAAAGCAAUAGUCAGGACAUAUGUAAGCAGUGUCCUAAGGAAAAACGUACACUACCGCAAUAUGCAAUAAGUCCUGAAUAUAAAUAAUAUAUGUCCUGAUUUUAUUGUUUUAUAUCAAUAAAUGCUUUUUCUGGAAUGCUUGGUUGGAUAUUCUUAGUAUAACAGAGAGAGAAUUUUGUUGGUUGGGUAUUCUUGGUAUACAGGAAAGGUAACUCUGUUGGUUGGGUAUUUUAGGUAUACAGAAGCGGGAACUUUGUUGGUUGGGUAUUCUUGGUAUAAUGGAGACGGAAAUGUGUUGGUUGGAUAUUCCUAGUAUAACAGAGAGGGAACUUUGUUGGUUGGGUAUUCUUGGUAUAAUGGAGAGGGAACAUUGUUGGUUGGGUAUUCCUGGUAUACAGAACCGGGAACUGUGUUGGUUGGAUAUGCCUGGUAUACAGAACCAGGAACUUUGUUGGUUGGGUAUUCUUGGUAUAAUGGAGAGGGGACUUUGUUGGUUGGAUAUUCCUGGUAUACAGAACCGGGAACUUUGUUGGUUGGGUAUUCUUGGUAUAACAGAGAGGGAACUUUAUUGGUUGGGUAUUCUUGGUAUACUGGAGAGAACAUUUUGUUGGUGGGGUAUUCGUGGAAGACCGGGAAGGGAACUCUUAGGUUGGUAUUCAUGGUAUACCAGAAAGGGAGAAGUGUUUUUGAGUUGUUUUGAUGUACCAAAGAGGCAGCUUUUUCAGUUAAAAAAUCUUGGUAUACCUGGAAAGGAGGCAAGCCAGUUUGGUGCUCUUGAUAUACAUGAGUGAGCUAUGCCAAGUUGGUUAUCUUGAUAUGGCAAUUGGAAAAUCAGCGUAGCGGUCUUGCUGUGGUGAACUGACUUUCUCUACCAUACAGUAUAGAAAAUAAGGAAUGCUACUUAAUUGGAUGAUGUUAGCACACCAGGAAAUAUAUUUGAGAUUGAGUUGAACUAAGUGGUCUCGGUACUCCUGAGAAUAAACUAGACAAAGAUUUAGUGUUUUAUGUUUUAGGCAGGAUAUCAAAGAAGAAACAUUGGAUGGAUGGUUUUGGUAAACAUAUCUACUACACAACAAAACUAAUAAACAAGCAUUUAAAACCUCUUCCUUUCUUUUUGCUUACAGGGAUUCUGCUCCUGGCUGAGUUCACUCUACCAGAUAAAGUGAGAACCUCCCUUGGGGUCAGGGCUUGGGAGCACAUGGUUUGAAAUAGGUCCAGGUUGAGAUCUACGCAUAGUGAGAUGAGAAGGCCACAUUAAUGUUUUAAUUGUUUUCAACACAAGGGAGCAUUAUUGAGGUAGAAUUGUAAGGUUUGUUAGUCUCUAAUGUGUAAUAUUAUUGUAACGAGUGUGGAAAUUUUUAGAUAUUCUAGAAAAGGGCAUGGUAUUAUUGUUAAAGGGGGAUGUCAGGAGAUCUUUGGGUUGGUUUAGGACAGUGAAGUGAAGGGGCAGUUUUGCUAAUGUGUGUGAUUCACGUUAAUGGCAAGAUGAAGGACUUUAUUUUUAGGAAUAAAGUAAUUCAGUGGGCUCAUAUGAAGGGGUUAAUUAUCUGAGGAGAGGUGAAGUUAGGAUGCAUUAUUUUGGGAUAUGGUUAUGUGGAAGAGUUCUAUUGUUUAAGGGGUUUCAGAUGAUACAAUGUUAUUGUUGGGCCAGACGAGGUGAGGAGGGUAUGUUAUUGGUAUGGGUGACAUAUGGGACAUGUCUGAAAGAGUAUGGUCAGUAGGUAUCAUGUGAGAAGCUGUAGCAUUGGGAAGGCUGCUGUAAGGACAUGCUAUUUAUUUUAAGGGCUUUGGACAGGCAGUCUCAGGCAGGCUAGCUAUAUCAGUAAGGGGAAUGUGGUGACGGGAUGUCAUUAUAGCCAGGGGUGAGGUUGUGGGGUCUCAGAUGAAGAUGCAUUACUUUGGCCAGUGCUGUAGAGAAUGGGAUUUUAUUGUGUGAAAUAGUUGAGGUUAGGAGAUCACCGUUGAAGGUGCAUUGUUUUAGGUUAAUGCUAUGGGGUCACAGUUUGCAAGCUUUAUUGAGGGAGGGCUGUGAUAAGCCAAUGUUAUUGGAGUAAGGUGUGAGGUUAGGAGGUCUUAGUUAAAGGAGCAUUAUUUAGGGGCCUAGAUGAUGAUAGGUGUGGAAGCAUGAAGGAGAAGAUUCAGACUGCAACACUCUUUCCAUUCACAGGGAUGAGGAGAUCCAAAGCAAAUGUGGUGCAGAUGCAAUCACAUACCUGUCCUAUCAGCGCCACCUCCUUGUGUUGUUGCUGCUGGCUUGUGUUCUGUCUGUGGCCAUCAUUCUGCCAAUCAACUUUUCUGGAGAUCUGCUGGGUGAGUAUGACUCUUAAGGCUCUGUCAGAAACCUUUGAUAUUUUUUGUAUACAUACAUUAAUGAUUUAAUAUAGUACCUAUGUUCAAUGAAAGUGCAAAGGUCAAGCUAAAAGCUCUUUCCUGACAGAAAUGGUAACUGCCCAUAUAUCCAUCCUGCCCAAACCUGGUUCAACACACCACAUUCACAAACAUUUGGCCUAGUAGACUAAACCCAUUGCUUCUAUGUUUGAUUACUUCUAACGGAGUGGGGUUUUGGUAAUAGCUGCCAAGCCUAAGACAAUACUAGGAAGGUGACCUCACAUAUUACAGUUGCAGGAGGUCUAUAAGUUUGACAGGUGGCUAGAUUAUCCCUUGAUUUUAAGGAUUAAAGUCACCAAUUUAUUGCACAGCCUAUACAAUAGAAAACUUCCACUUUUGUGGAAAUACCUUCACAAAUAGUCAUAGGCGCACCUCCUAGUUUGGAAGAAUAGCAGCUGUUAAAAGAAAACUUUAAGCACUAAAACGUAUUGUAAUGCUUAUAGUGCCAGGUGUAUCCCGGUACCACCAGUGUAAGUUGUUAAACAAUUUAAGAAUGAAUUGACAACUUACCUGGGGUCUGCUAUGCUUCCUCUGGACUCCUCUCUGUGUUAUCCUUUUCUUGACAAAUGGAAUAUGUUAGAGACACUAUAGUUACCAAAACAACUUUACUUAAUGAUGCCGUUUUGGUGUAUAGAUCAUACCCUGCAGUCUCACUGCUCAAUUCUCUGCCAUUUAGGAGUAAAAUAACGUUGUUUAUGCAGCCCUUGCAUGUCAUUUACAUAGCUUUCCUAAACGCUUCCUGUAAAUAGAGAUCUAAUGUGUGCACUUCCUUUAUUGCAAAUUCUGUUGUAUUCAGAAUUUCUUAUCUUCUUCUCUGUUAAUAACUUGCAAGAGCCUGCAGGAGCCUCCUGUAUGUAAUUAAAGUUCAAUUUACAGAGCAGAAGAUAAAAACUGUUUUUUUUUAUGCAGUUGAUUUCAUUUAGGCUGUGUCAGUCACAACCAGGGGAGGUGUGACGGGGGCUGCAUAAACAAAAGUGAUUGAAAUCUCAUUUUGUGCAAUUUAGGAGCUAAGAGGCAUGAUCUAUACACUAAACCUGUUUUAGUUGUUUUGGUGACUGCAGUCUCCCUUUAAUUACAAAACCAAGUCAGAGACACAAAUAAAUACCAGUGCCACAGUUAAUUUUAAUCACUGCCAUUUUCACUGGAUUAGUAAGAGAGAGCAUACUUAGUUUGGUUUUGAUUGUAUGUUGUUCUUUUCUUUUAACUUUCUUCAAAAAAUUUCAUGUAAAACAUUUCAAUCAAUAAGUCUUAAUCCUGCUAACGUAAAUGUGAUGUUUGUGAGUGCCUUACUUAUUAUUUUUCUUCAACUCAUGACAAUAAAGGAACCCAUUACUGCCAUGUUGCCCAUAAGACCACAUAUGCAGUCACCCACAUUACUGCCAUGUUGCCCACAUAUUCAGAUACCCACAUCUUUUGUUACACUUAUACAUUAUAACCUCAAAGCGCUCCAACCAAAUCACAAGCUGUCACUUUGUCUCUGUGUCUGCAGGUCACAGUCCGGCUCAGUUUGGUCGUGCCACCAUUGUUAACGUUCCCACACAGUGAGUAUGAGUGUAUUUGACCCCGGAUAACCUACGGCUGGAUAACUUGCUCCUGUAACUUGCUCCUGUAACUUGCUUUAUGUAAUCCUCAGGGACCGGUUUUUGUGGGUGCACAGUGUGUUUGCGUUUCUGUACUUUGUGUUCACUGCUCUGAGUAUGCGGCAUCAUUCGGCCUCUUUACACUACAAGGAGGAUGACAAGGUAAGAGUCCAGCAACAAUUGAUCCCUUCUGUGGCAUCCUCAUGCAUUCCACUUAAAAAUAAAUAUUUUGUACCAAUUGGUCACAUACAAAAAGUAAAUCCUGUUGAACAAUGGGCCAACACAACUUAUUAUGCUAUGAGUCAUAGUGUGGCACAGAAAACACUAAGCUAUCAGGGUGCAAUCUGUGGACAUAUGGUUACAUGUUUUGGUUUAUUUUGCAGGUGGCAAGAACGCUGAUGGUCAGUCAUAUUCCCCAGGAGAUCUCGGAUACUUCUCUUCUCAUUAAACAUUUCCAGUGAGUUCUUUCUUUUGUAUUAAUUUAAAAAUGUCGUAAAAUAGUUCACAAUGUAAGAUAGGAAGAACAGGGAACAACCCUUACCAGAGGCCUGACUAAGCAGCGCAUUUAGUGGCUGCACCAAUUCUUCUGAGUGAAUGGAACAAAUUCUCUCCCCGCAGAAGUAGGGUGAUUUUACCUUAAAGGACCACUCUAGGCACCCAGACCACUUCAGCUUAAUGAAGUGGUCUGGGUGCCAGGUCCUUCUAGGGUUAACCUAUUUUUUAAUAAACAUAGCAGUUUCAGAGAAACUGCUAUGUUUAUGAAUGGGUUAAGCCUUCCCCCUAAUCCUCUAGUGGCUGUCUCAUUGACAGCCACUAGAGGCGCUUGCGUGCUUCUCACUGUGAUUUUCCAGCGCUGGGCGGGGAGCUCUCCUCCUCCGAUCCUCCUCCGUUCCUCCUCCUGGGCUGAAUGCGCACGCGCGGCAAGAUUUUCACAGUGAGAGCACGCAAGCGUCCAUAGGAAAGCAUUGUAAAUGCUUUCCUAUGCGACGGGCUGAAUGCGCGCGCAGCUCUUGCCGCGCGUGCGCAUUCAGCCCAGGAGGAGGAACGGAGGAGGAUCAGAGGAGGAGAGCUCCCCGCCCAGCGCUGGAAAAAGGUAAGUUUAAACCCCUUUCCCCUUUCCAGAGCCGGGCGGGAGGGGGUCCCUGAGGGUGGGGGCACCCUCAGGGCACUAUAGUGCCAGGAAAACGAGUAUGUUUUCCUGGCACUAUAGUGGUCCUUUAAGCAAAACUGCCUCUUGUUUGACAGCUGGAAGUGAUUGUAACUAAACCAAUGUUUGUGUCACAGUGAGGCAUACCCCAGCUGCACGGUGACUGAUGUCCAGUUCUGCUUUGAUGUCAGGAGGCUGAUAAAAUUGGACUCAGAGAGGUGAGCGACACAAAGUUGGCAUAUGUGGGGUUAUUGGUGGGCACAUACUCAAGGGAUUAUAUACCGUUUGCCCCAUCAACUCAGAAUGAAAUUUUAGUUAACAAAAUUAUACCGUCAACAUUCUUCCUGAGCUAAAUACUGCAAAUGAUUAAAUAUAUCUGGAUACAUAUGUACACAAGUAACUAUAUUAUGACAUAUGAUUUUCAUGAAACCUUACUAAUGAUAUGUUUUAUUGUAUGCUACACUUUUUAAAACUCCUUUCUCUAGCCUCAUUGAUUUAACUGAAAGAAAUUAAAAAAACAUAUUUUAAAAAUCAGGGACAGUAAGCAAGGUAAAGGCUUCCGGUAUCAAAAUGUCCUGUAUAAUAUACCGCCUUCAUACACACCUAUACACUGUGUGCCGAUAGCAGCCUGUAUAAUAUACCGCCUUCAUACACACCUAUACACUGUGUGCCGAUAGCAGCCUGUAUAAUAUACCGCCUUCAUACACACCUAUACACUGUGUGCCGAUAGCAGCCUGUGUAAUAUACUGCCUUCAUACACACCUAUACACUGUGUGCAGAUAGCAGCCUGUAUAAUAUACUGCCUUCAUACACACCUAAACACCGUGUGCCGAUAGCAGACUGUAUAAUAUACUGCCUUCAUACACACCUAUACACCGUGUGCCGAUAGCAGCCUGUAUAAUAUACCGCCUUCAUACACACCUAUACACUGUGUGCCGAUAGCAGCCUGUAUAAUAUACCGCCUUCAUACACACCUAUACACUGUGUGCCGAUAGCAGCCUGUAUAAUAUACCGCCUUCAUGCACACCUAUACACUGUGUGCCGAUAGCAGCCUGUAUAAUACACUGCCUUCAUGCACACCUAUACACUGUGUGCCGAUAGCAGCCGGUAUAAUACACUGCCUUCAUGCACACCUAUACACUGUGUGCCGAUAGCAGCCUGUAUAAUAUACUGCCUUCAUGCACACCUAUACACUGUGUGCCGAUAGCAGCCUGUAUAAUAUACUGCCUUCAUGCACACCUAUACACUGUGUGCCGAUAGCAGACUGUAUAAUAUACUGCCUUCAUACACACCUAUACACUGUGUGCCGAUAGCAGCCUGUAUAAUAUACUGCCUUCAUACACACCUAUACACUGUGUGCCGAUAGCAGACUGUAUAAUAUACUGCCUUCAUAUACACCUAUACACUGUGUGCCGAUAGCAGCCUGUAUAAUAUACUGCCUUCAUACACACCUAUACACUGUGUGCCGAUAGCAGCCUGUAUAAUAUACUGCCUUCAUACACUACUAAACACCGUGUGCCGAUAGCAGCCUGUAUAAUAUACUGCCUUCAUACACCCCUAUGCACUGUGUGCUGAUAGCACCCAGCAUAAUCCAUUCCCGGAGAUAUGUUGCCUCAAUUGAGGGACAAUAGGGCAGAAAAGAGGGAUAAGUGUAUUUAGUCUCAACAUUUCGACUGUCCCUACUAAAUAUGGACAUUUGGGUGGCAUGCUAGAGCUUAAUAGGUUUGUGCAUUCUGAGUCAGCUAAAUUCAGGCCAAUUGUCUAUUCGGCCAAAUUUUGUAAAUGCGAAGCACCAUAUGUACGUUAUACCCCAGGAGCAAAUUGCUAGCACAGUGUGCGAAUACUCGCUAUUCAGAGUCCUGCCAGUGCCACCAAAAAAAGAUAAUUGAUGGGGGGAAAAAGAUAAUGUUUAGGGAACAGUCACUAAAUGUUGAUUUUAUUCAUAGAAGAGACCAAAAAUAUUAUAUUUAUAUAUUUAGCAAGUAAAUAGAAUAUAUAAAUACAGAUUUUUUUAGUAUUUUUGUAUUAUUAUUAUUAUUAUUAUUAUUUUAUUCAUUUAUUUUACUUCAACGCCUCCUCUUCUCUAUUGGUUACUUUUUCCCACUUGAUCGCUGAACUCAAUGGUAAAAUUAUAUUUUUAUAGCAAAUCUUUCAGUCUGCAUUGCAGUUCACAGAUUGGCCCAUUUUCAUGCCCUUUUUAGUUUGGCUAAAUGUUUUCUGUAAAUAGUUUUCAUGAACGAUGUUGAGCCAAGUCGAACUGUUACAGGAAAGAGUGUGUCGAACAAAAAUGGGGAAAAAUUAUUUGUCCAAAAGGAUCACUCCUGCCGUGCACAAGUCUAGCGCUCGUUCUUAGCUUAAUGUGUUCUGUUUGUCACUCCCCAGGCGCAAGGCUAUGAAUGGACGCAUGUAUUUUGCUGGACGAGCUCAAAAAGAAGGAAAACUAAUGAUCAAAACUCACCCACUUGCUCGAUUGUGUCGCUGUGACUGCUGGGGCUUUAAACAGGUGAGAAAGAGGCUAAAUCGUGGAGGGAUGGUGGGCCGGUGUGUCUGUCUGAGCUGUCACUGGAUAUGAGCCUUCUUAUUUCCUUUCUCUCUUGUAAUUAAUUUCUGGUCUCUCCAGUUCACCCAGUGCUGGUGGUUGUUCGGUUUACGUUCAUUGCGCAUUCUUUUCUUCACUGCUCCCAAUCUAACAUUGACCCACAUGUUCUGUGAUCUGUGUGCAUCUCUGUUGAAUGUGGAAAUAAGAGAUUCUGCCAUUUCUCUGAUGUCUCCAGGUAGAAGCUGAACAGUAUUACGCAGAGCUGGAGGAGAAAUUGACUGAUGAGUUUACUGCUGAACGGAACCGGGUCAUGUUAAAGAGACUGGGGAUGGCGUUUAUCACCUUCCAGGAUGAGAGAAUGACUGCAGUGUACGUGGCUAGAACUCUGUAAACUGCAGGCAGCUUACUGUGAAGAAACCUCCCAUCUGUAUCACUGUCCGGCUGCAUCAAAUACGCCACAUGCAUUCUCCUACUUAUAGCGUUCGCAUUACUACUUCAACCACGUUUUCCAUGAAAGCUUUACAUUCCAUACAAUAUUGGGGGGUGCGUUAAUUGUGACGCCCAGCUGUAUGUAGAAUUCUAGGUCUACCAGAAGAAAUUUAAUUAACUAAUCGCUGUGGUUGAAGAAAUCCAUUUACUACUAGCAGUACUAGUAUCCUGAUAGUUAGUAGAAUUCUAGCAGUCAGAAAAAAUAUGUGUGAGGUGCCAAAUCUACUUUAUUAUCAGACAUGGUUAUUGUUAAGGAGGAGAUUUAAGCAAAAUAGAGAUGGAACAAUGUAACCUAAUAGAAAUUAGUUGAAUUUCUGUAACUGGCAAUUUGGGUGGAAUUAAUCUAAUUGUGAUGGCUAUCCCUCCUUUCAGGAUUAUACAGGAUUACAGCCGCCCCCAUUGCCGCCGGGCCCCCCAGCAAUCCUCGGUCACGCCGAUACUACAGUCUCACCAGUGGGAAGUGCAAUACGCUCCUGCACCAAUUGAUAUCAUUUGGUACGAUACCUCAAACUCUGACCACAUUGUCGGCAGGAUCUUUCCUGAUAAUAUGUGAAUCUUACUGAUGAUGUUACACGUAUAACACUAAUCAUUUUUACUUUGAACACUGUGCCCAACAGGGAGAAUCUGGCGGUGACUGGGACGGUCUGGUGGCUUCGCUUUGCAGCGUUGAAUUUGGCCUUGUUCCUGCUCCUCUUUUUUCUCACUACACCUGCUGUCAUCGUGAGCACCAUGGACAGAUUCAAUGUCACCAAUCCAGUGGAAAGCCUGCAUGUGAGGAGUGUUUGGGGUAUUCUUGCCCUUGACAGGCUUCUUCUGCUAUCUACCCCUUUGUAUCUUGUUGACAACUCUGGUGUCCCCCAUCUAUCCUUUACUUCCCCUCACUCUUGCCUUGUCUUCUGCCGGUCACUCAGACCAUCUUAUGUUCUUCUCCCUCCUCCCAUAUUCUCAUUGUCUGUUCUUAUUACUCACCCUUUACCCACACACUUACCCUUCAUCUCUCCCUUACUCUCAUUGUCUGAACCUUCAUCUCCCCCUCACUCUUGCUGUCUGUCCAUUCAUCUCCUGUUCACAAUGUUUCCCAAAUAUGUUCCCCAUCUUACACUCCAUUCAUUCUUCCCCCCCACCCUGAAUGUCUCACUCUCACUGUUCUCCGGUUUCACGGUUACCCUCACUCUCUUUCUCACAGAAUCCAGUGAUCACUCAGUUCCUCCCCACAUUCCUUCUGUGGAUGUUCUCCGUCUGCCUCCCAUUUUUGGUUUAUUACUCUGCAUUCCUGGAGUGCCACUGGACCAGGUAACGCUCUCACACCCAUAACAGGCCCCUAUGGUUUUCUAUCAACCUCACCCCUUUCCUUAAACAUCAUCCCCUAUAUCUUACACAAAAACAGAAAUAUAUUAUUGUGAAGUAAGUAGCAACCAAUCUAAACUACAAAUAAUUUGAUCCAUUCUAAAACCUGCAAGCUAAUAUUUAGGCUGGUAGUGCUGAAUACAUCCAAUGCAUCUUUAAAUUACCUUGUUUUAACCUCAUCGGCUAAAAGAUGAUUUGAAGGAUAAUUUACAUUUCAUUUUAAUUAUUUUAUCUAAAGUGCUUUAGUUUUGUUUUGAUGCUAGGUCUAAUGAGAAUCGGCUGACAAUGCACAAGUGUUACUUCUUCCUCGUAUUCAUGGUUAUUAUCCUGCCUUCUCUGGGUCUGACCAGGUACUUUCCACCCAGCAACUUGCAUUCCUGCACAGCCACAUGUUCUGCUUUCUGUAUCCCCACUUCCCUUGUCCUUCUUUCUACUUAAUGACCUCCCUCCUCGUUCUGCUUCUCACUCGUGCUCUCCUCCACUU